AGUACCACGUUCUUUAACACAUUAAAGUUACUUUUUGUCGCCAUGAUUAAGCGAUUCAAGUUGCAAAUGUCUCAUCGCAGGGGCAGUUUAUCAUCAAAUGACUUGUUUCCGCGUGAGAUUGAUAUAGAAAUAUGUUUAAAAACUUUAAAAAUAUAUCAAAAACUUGAAGGAGAUGUUAAUUGUGUGGUCUGGGACGCAUCUCUAGUGCUAGCGAAAUAUCUUGAAACAAUAUGUCAAGAAAAGCCCGAUUUCUUAAGUGGAACAAGGGUAUUAGAAUUGGGAUCUGGUUUAGGUGUUGUUGGCCUUACAGCAGCUACUCUAGGUGCUCAAGUGACUCUGACAGAUUUACCUGAAGCUUUGCCAUUACUUCGAUUAAAUAUCAGUGAAAAUAAGCAAAAAAUUGGAAGUAUGGGUGGCUAUGCAAUUGCUGAGGUCUUAGAAUGGGGUGACAAUAAUUCUGAUAUACAUAAACAAGAGUUUGAUAUGGUUGUUUUAGCUGAUUGUGUUUACUAUGAAGAUGCUGUAGAACCUUUGAUUCAAACAUUACAAAAUUUGAACUAUACAAUAUUGAAGAAACCAACAAUAUAUCUAACACAAGAAAUGCGUGAUACAGAAGUUCAGAAAAGACUUUGGAAUGAGUUUUAUGAGAAACUUACAGAUUCUUUUCAUGUACAAAAAAUACCUGAAGAUGAACAACAUAUGAACUACAGGAGCCCAGAUAUUGUAUUGCUCAAAAUAAAUAGAAAAUUAUAGGAUAGGAAAGUAAUAGAAAUUUGUUGAAUAUAGGUUAUAUUAAACGUUAUACUGUUAAUAAAUUAGAUGUAGAUAUUCUUCAUUUGAGUACAAGUAUUGUGAUAGAAGUAAAUAAAUAGUAC